AUGGGGUCCAGCCCUGAGCCCGCCAGUCCCCCGGAGGUGAGCAGCCCGGUCUUCUCCAUCCGGGUGACGUCCGAGGACGGGGCGCUGUGCGUCAUCAACCCUCUGUUCCUGUCGGAGCACAGCAGCGUGGAGGUCUAUGGGGCAGACGAUUUCCUGCCCGUGCUGACCUACGUGCUGGCCAAGUGCGACAUCGUCCCGGUGCAGCUGGACGUGGAGUACAUGAUGGAGCUGCUGGACCCGAGCCAGCUGCAGGGCGAAGAGGUCUAUGGGGCAGACGAUUUCCUGCCCGUGCUGACCUACGUGCUGGCCAAGUGCGACAUCGUCCCGGUGCAGCUGGACGUGGAGUACAUGAUGGAGCUGCUGGACCCGAGCCAGCUGCAGGGCGAAGGCUGCGCCCAGCUCCCCACCUGGUUCGGGGCCCUCUACCACAUCAGCAACUUCCAGUCGGCCAUGCUGACCCGGCAGAUCAGCUCCGAGGCGCAGCACUCCAUCCACCAGUGGCAGCGCCGGCGCACCAUCCACCACCACCAGGGCACCCGGCGCCGCUGCCAGGACAUCCUCUAUGUCUCCUUCGAAGAGCCCUUCGCCAACCAGAAGGCCAUUCCUGGCCCCGCCCACAUGACCGCAGCCUCCGUGUGCCUGGCCUGCAGCAAGAAGUACAGCGUCUCCAACCCGGAGGCCUACGGGCUCUUCCUGGUGACGGACAGCACCUCCCAGCUCCUGGCGGGGGACAGCCGCCCCCAGCAGCUCCGCUCCCAGCCCCUCACGGCCCGCGGCGCCCCCACCUGCUUCGUCCACAA